UAUGGUCGCGUGCACUCAGUUGCAGAAGCUCAGAACGAACCUCUUGGACAUAAAACAAGAACUGGUUCCAUCAGGAGCUGACUCUAGCAGUGACGGGGGAGAGGAGCCAGGUUCCCAAUUCUGCCGCAUGCAGAUGCAACUAAACGAGUGCGUUCGGCACCAUCAAGCCAUACUGCAGUACAUGCGAGCUAUGGAAGACACACUGAACUUCCCGUUUUGUGGUCUGUUCCUGUUACUGCUUACUGUACUCUGCCUUGUUGCCUUUUCCGCUGUCGCGAGCUUGGCAGACAUAACUGACUUAACGCAAGCACUCAUCUUAUAUGCAAUGGCGAUGGGUUACGUCUGCCUGUUCUGCAGACUUGGGACGGAACUCACGCUACAGGCUGAAAGGGUGAGAGACGCUGCAUGGGGGUGCGACUGGGUGGGAACUCCUGUCCCAUUUCAGCGUUGUCUGACCUUCAUCAUCGCCACAGCCAACAAGGAGUUCACACUCACAGCCGGGAAAUUUGUUCCGGUGUGCAACUCGACCAUGAUGAAUGUAAGGACAAGAGAGCACAAUGGAAAUGGAAUGAUUUAAAUUAAAUUAGGCUUAUUGUAUAUGCCUCCACUAUCAACAACUGCAUAAAGUCUAAAGAUUUUGAGAAGACUAAAUGCGAAUAUGUGACUUCG